AUGUCUUCCCUACAACUUCCAGCCUUCUCAUGGGACAAGGGUACACUUACCACUGCCAUAUCUGACCCUGCUUACCUAAUAAAAGUUCUCUUCUUCUUUGCACUCCUGAUGACUCUAGUCACUCUACUCAUCCUGGUCUGGAAAGUAACCAAAGACAAAGGCAACGAGAACAGAGAGCCAGACCCAAGAAAGGAGGCAACACUGAAGGCAUGAAGACCUACAUCUCUUGGUGGGCAAGCCCCUGAGGUGAAGACCUGGCAGCCCAGGAGGCAGGGCCGUCUCGGAGCUAUCUUAGCACCCAGAGCCUGGGA